AUGACUUCCAGCGAUAUGUGGUCAGCUUCUGCCAUCUCUGAGUGGUGUACCGAAACUUCAACAACAAGCAAUUUUAAAACUACCAUGAACAACAGUGCCCAUACUCGCCAUAGUUCAAGCAGUACCUACAUGCCAGAAGUUGGAUCGCAUCUAUCUUUCAAAGAAUUAGGUCCUAUCAUCUUGCAAAUCGAAGUUGGCAGUGGCAAAGAGCCUGGAGGUACCGUCACUUUCAAAGUCCAUGCCAAACUUAUCUACGCCAAAAUUCCAGCCCUCGAAUAUAUGGUCGCCAAUACUUUUGAAGAAUUCCUAGACCCAGUCAAAGAAAUCCCAGAUGUUAUCCUUGCAAAUGAUGAUCCCAAGGCUUUCAAGUUGCUCGUCGACUGGGUUUAUACCGACAAAAUCGAUGGCGGUCUUAAUAAGAUUGCAAGCAUCGAAAACACAACCAUGCCCUCCAAGGGUUCCUUCAAAGGACUUUUUAUGUCGAUGAAGCUUCCAAUCCUCGUUAAACUCUGCAUUCUUGCAGAAAAAUAUCACAUCCCGCGUCUACAAGAUGAAUCGAUUGGCUUCCUCAUCAAGUUCAUGGUCGAUACCAAGGCAAGAGCUAAUCCUUCUUGUUGGUUGGAGGUCUACAAACACACUAUUUCCAAGUCAAAGUUGAGACUUUUGAUCUCCAGAAUUGCGGUAUGGCAAAUGUCACAAGUUGGUGGAUUGGAUGGAGUUAGUGAUAUUGAUCUCGAUUCGAUCUUAUCUCGCAGUGAGGAAUUACGUUUUGAUAUAUCAACACUCACAGAGGAUAACAUGGGAGGUAGUCUAGCUGAUCCGUUGUUGGCACCAGCUUGUGAUUACUAUAGCGAUUAA